GGAGUAUUUGAGUAUUGGUCAAAGUUAGUAUUUGAGUACCAAGCAAGCUUGGUGGAGUUAGUGGGGAAAUCACUUUGUGACUUUGAGGCCACGAGUUCGAGCUUCACUUCACCUUAAAAAAAAAUUAUUAAGUAAAAAUAAUUUCAAUUCAGUAAAAAUAAGUUUAGUUUAGUAAAAUUAAUAAACGGGGCCUAAAUGGGUUGAUAUGAAAGAGAAAAAUAAUAAAAUAGGUGUAUGUCGUUACCAAAUAAAGAAGUGUUGCAAUUAUUAUGAAAGAAUUAAAAGAAAAGUGUUGCGAUAAUUACGAAAAUAAUUGAGGAAUGGGGACCGGGGAACUAUAACAACACUCAAAACAGAAUGAAAGUUUGUUAGCUGGGGGGCUCCAAGCCAAGUUUCCAACAAAAUUAAAAAAAAAAAAACCAACAACCGUUUUUAACAGCCCUGAAUGAAGCUGCCUCCCAAAGAGAGAGAAACCAACACUUUUGCUUCUUGCUUCCACCGGACUUUGGGGUUUCAAUUUUUGUGGGUAUUCUUUUGAAAUUUGUAAAACCCUCAAAAGUUUAAGUUUUUUGGGGUUUUGAAUUCUGAUCGACUGAAACAAAGAGGGAAAAAAUAAAAUCAAAAUAAACCGAUGGGUUCUGAAGAAACAGUUGAUAAUCUGGGUUACUCGUUGUUGAAAGAUCUAAGCUUUGAAAUUGGUGAAAAUGAGACUUGUUUUAAUCUCUGUUUCUGGGUUUUUCUUCUCAGUUCUACUCCUUUUCCUUCCACAAUUCUUUACCAGUUGCACUCUGAAAUAUCUUUUCUAUCUUUGAGUGAAGACAAAAGGUUAAUACUCUCUCCUUCACUUUUGUUGCGAAAAGAGUCUUCCGAGUCAGGGGAAAUUGCAUCAUCCACUGAAGUUGCUAUUUCUAACGUGGAGCUUCCUCUAGGACAAUGGGUACAUAUUGGAUGCCAGGUGUAUAGCAGCAUUAUACGCAUUUAUCUUGGAGGAAAGGUAGUGGGUGAAAGGCCUUUAGAUUCAUUAAUGGCCAGGCAGGCUGAUCUUCAGAGUUUCAUGAAGAUCAAAGGAUUUAAGGAUCUUGAUGGCUAUGUAUACAAUGCAGUUGUUUUUCCUUCUACAAAUUCUAUUGAGGACCAUCAUGCUAAGGAUCCUCCUUUGUGUCUAUGUAUUGAUAGCUCAUCUGUUUCUGAUGUCGAAUUGGAAGGUGACGGCAUAUGGAAAAUAUUUGGCGGCAAGGCUUCUUGUCGCAAAAUGUUUUCAUCAGAUGUCGUACUAUUAGAUGCCUUUGGUGAGCUUGUGGACAAGGAUUUGGAGGUUGUUGCAUCACUUAUCUAUGCUGAUAAUCGGGUCCCUAUUGAGAAAUCAAAAGGUGGUGAAGCUCCCCUUUUGACAACUUGCAAUGGGCUUGAAUUCCCAUCUGAUGAUAAACCCAGCAAACUAUUGCGGGGACGUGCAUCUUUUCAACUGAACGUAACUCGACUGUCAUCCGAAUGUGAUAAUAAACUGUUCUGUGUUAAGUUUCAUCUCCUGAAAUUGGGAAAAUUUCCUUUUUUCGAGGCAUAUACUCCACCAAUCCGCAGCAUCCUAAAGUCGUGCGACACCAAGGUAUCUACUAUCAAAUGGAAAAAGUUAUCAUCAGGCUUUCAUCUAUUUAAUAGAUCCAGCUUACCUCAAAAUGGUAUUGAGCAUUCAGAGCUACAUCAGAAGCCUGUAUGUGAAGCAAUACCCAAUCCUCCAUUAAAGAGAAAGAAAUCAGGACAAGAUACUCCAUUGCCACACACUAAGGUUGAGUCUACUGUGCAAAGAUCUGAUGAAGAAGGCAGUUCAUUCAACAUGUCUGCAACUAAGAAUGUAGUAGGGACCAGUUUGGAGAGUAUCCAAGAAAACUAUGGAGAAAUAGAUAGCUCUGCAUCAGAUUCAGAUAGUGCUGGCGCAAGAAAUACAGAGUCAAAGAGCUUUACUUGCAACAUAGAACUCACUUCAGAUUUGACAAUUUUCAGAUAUUGCCUUGGAGGAUUAUCUGAAAGGUCAGUCAUGCUUAAGGAGUCCUCGUUAUAUGCUUCUGAGCAUGAAAUGGCAGAAAUGGCUGAAAAGGUCUCAUUCUUUUCUGGAUGUGAUCACCAUAGGCACCAAAUUAUGAUUGCAAAAAAAACUGCUGGAGGAAGGAGAAAGAGCUUGGAAUUUGAUUUCACAAAAUGGUCAUCGAGUUCAAUGGACAAUGUUGUUUUUGAGAUAGAAGAACAGUUCAUGAGGAUUGCUAGCUGCAGCACUAGAUCUCUCACUCAACAGGACUUGAAUUUUCUGAGGAGAAUUUCGGGAGGCAAUGAGUAUCUCACCAAAGAUGAUUUUGAUAAAUUGUGGCGUUGGUUGUAUCCAGUGGCAUUUACAAUAUCAAGACACGGGAUCAAUUCACUGUGGGCUUCUAUCUCACCAAAGUGGAUUGAGGGAUUUGUUACAAAGGAAGAAGUGGAGUAUGCCCUUCAGAGUCCGCAGGGACUUCAAGAGCCUGGAACAUUCAUCUUGAGAUUUCCAACAACCAGAAGUUGGCCUCAUCCAGAUGCAGGUAGUUUAGUUGCAUCCUAUGUUGGCAGAGAUUUCUCUUUGCACCAUAGGCAGCUAUCUUUGGACUACAGGUAUUUCUGUUCUGAAAUUUUUGACACAAAUCAAAAGCCACUUCAGGAGCUGCUUUUGUCUGAACCGGAGCUUUCUCGAGUAGGAAGGAUAACGAGGAGUGAUUUGACCGUUUAAAUUGUCACUAUACUUGUGUAAAUAUUUUCCAGCUUUACAGACGCAUUUCGUUUGGAAUAUGAGUUCUUAGUACAGGAAUAUAGGACGACUUCCAUUACCCAUCCAGAUUUCGUGUGCUUAAACUAUGAAAGCUCUAUGAGUAGAUGUUUCAGUGCACUUCUUUAAAGAGGCUUUCUCACAUUGGUACAAAGCAAAGGGCAGAUGAUAAAAUUAAUUUACAUCUGCGAAGCUAGAGCCCCAGAUGAACCUGUGAUUUCACUGUAUAGCUCUUUUUUCUUUUCCAAGCUCAAAGUGAUCUAGUUAUUGCCUUGGUGAAUUUGUUAGUAGAAUAUUUUUCGGAUAUUAUCUGGCAUUCAGAUUGUUGUACGAAACCAAAAAAAAGAGCAUGACAUCUUUUCAUGCAUUAUUUUUUUCAGUAAUUUGAUUUG